AUACAUCAAUUCAGAGCAAGUCUCCGUGAGCUCACAGCCAAAUUGUAUAGGCUGUAUAAACCGAAGUUUUGUCAUCCAUACUUUCUUAGUAAGCAUCAACGAUAUAUUUCGUUUUACCGGCUUUGUGUGAAGACAAAGGCCUAACGACAGCGAGCUGGCUGGCUGUAUCAUUGCUGCGAAGCAUGUAUCCUUCCUGGGGAAACUUUGGUGGGGGCUAUCAUCCUCCUAACCAAUUCGGUGUCAGGGGACCCCAUUUCAGGGGUCCACAGCCCCCAGGAGGAGGGUUUGGCGGGUAUGGGUCUCCAUCACCUGGACCGCAAUCUAAUUUUUCAAGUUUGCGGGAGCAGCAUUUACAACAAAUGCAGCAACUGCAACAGCUCCACCAAAAGCAACUCCAGUCUGUAUUGCACAACAACAACAGCUCCUUCGGUGGUGGGGGAUCCAAUGUUGGAGGGUUUGGAUCUUGGCAAGGAGGUAGUGCUGGUUUUAAUACCCCUGGUCCUAAUUCUCCAUCUAACUAUUUUCAAGAGCAGCAGCAGUCCACGAGGGGUCCUCCCUCCGGCUCUUUACCGCCUCAGCCCUCACCGCUAAUGCAGCAGCAAGAGGACAUGCCUCCACUACCCAAGCCAGCAUCAUCGCUGACUUCCCAGACAAAUUCGACACCGGAACCUCACAAGGCGGACAAGAGUGAAACUCCACAAAAUGUAAGCGAUCCCUCAGUUUUGAACACGGAUAAGAAGCCAGAACUUGCGUCACUGUCAUUGCAGGAGCAACAGCAGUACUGGUACAAGCAACAUCUUCAGAACCUACAGAAGUUGAAAAAUGAUAAAUCAAACCAAAAUGAAACCCCAGGAGGUAGUACACCAUCAGGUGAAAAUCCUGCACCUCCACCUCCUGUUGAACCACCAAAGAAUGCACCACCUCCACCACCCCCGAAAGAAGAACCUCCACCACCUCCUCCGCCUGAGGAUAGCAUCACGGACACUGGUGACCCUGAAGAGGCAGCACGUUUGCAGCAGUUGCAGGCUGCAGCUGCACAGUGGCAGCAAGUACAGCAACAAAGAGCAGGAUACCAGUACCAGGCACUGAUGCAACAGCAUGCUCAGCUUCAACAAGUCUUACAACAAUACCAACAGAUUAUCCAACAACCGGCACAUCUCCAGACAAUGCCCGUGGACAUGCAGUUGCAGCACUAUGAGUUGCAGCAGCAACAGUUUGCUCCAGUGUACCAAGAAUGGGGCAGACACUUUAAACUGUGGCAGGAGCAGUUUCAGACCUACCCACUUAAAGAUGAGCUGAAAGACUAUGAAUGCCAGUGGAAACAAUGGCAAGAUCAAAUGAACUCCACUUCAGCACAUCUGCAAGAGAGAAUCGCUUCCCUAAGAGCCAUGCAGCAACAGUAUGGUUUGACAGGCCCCUAUGGAGGUGCAAUGGGACAGUAUGGACAACAUAGGCAUCCUGGUCCCGAUACACAUAUGCAGAUGCCACCUCCAAUAAUCCCUCCUAUGAUCCCUCCUGCAGUCCCUCCGACAAAUCAAGAGAACUCAUCCAUGUUAGGGCCAACAUCCCAUGGACCCCAAAAUUCAAUACCAGUUUCCCAAGGACAGAUUGGAUCAUCCUCAGCAAAAAAUGCAUCAACUCCAGCUGUCUCUGAAUCAUACCCAUCUAUGGGUCCAGAUAAUCAGGGACAACCAUACCAAACUGACACUUUAUGUGGGUCAGGGAUUGGGCCUCCUGGUCCAGGAGUUAGACCGCUUGUUCCUGGAAUGAGACCACCAGGUCCUGGAGUCAGGCCAUCUGGACCCGAAAUGAGGCCUCCUGGUCCGGACUUGAGGCCACCUGGCCCUGGAGUCAGACCUCCUGGACCAGGAGAGAGAGUCCCUAGGCCAGAGAUUCGACCACAAGGACCCAGAGGUCCAAGAUUUGACGGGCCCAGAGGAAAUUGUGGCCCAAGAUUUGAGCCGCCACCACAACAAAGGUUCAACGCACCGCCCAGAUUUGAGGCUGGUCAGCGAUUUGGCCCACCUCCGAGAGGUAACCAGCAUCGGUUUGGGGCACCGGGAAGAUUUGAUCAUCCUCCAAGACAAAAUCAUCCCUCUCAUUUUGAGAGACCUCCUGAACCAAACUCUCAGUCUACCAUAGGCUCACAAUUUAAACCAGAUUCAGGCCCUCAGAGUGGAUUGCAAGAGGGUAGAACUGAUACACCAUCAGAUCCUAAAUCCCAGGAUCAGGCAGCAAAGCAAAAUAAGCCAGGGCGUCAGACAAAACAGGAUGCUGUGGCUAAUAUGGAUGAGUCUAUGUCAGAUGAUAUACUUGAUUCAGGGGAUGGAUUUUUUGUUCAAAGUGAACCUAUUCCUCAAACAUCUGUUCAGAAGGAUGAAAGCAAGAAAGCAGAGAAUGCUUCCCAAGAGGAUAAGACCACAAAUGAUGCUGCCAAACCAUCUGUGUCUUUAACAUCACCUGUACCGCAGAAACAGGUUCCACCUAGUACCAACAAGAACUGUCAGCUCCAAACUACGGGUCCAUCAAAAAACAAUGCUAAUAGUGGGCCACCGCAGAGGCCAACAGUUCGUCCACAACACCCACCUUCACUGGAUGCUCACAACCAACAUCCUCUUAUGCCACAGGAAGAGAACCAAUCUGGUCCUCAACACUUUGCACAUGGCAGAGGAAGAGGUCAGGGGCCAUUACAUAUUCGAGGACGAGGCCGUGGGCGUGGUAGAGGACAAGAUGGUCUGGUGGGCACCUCCUCAGGGUUUGGUCCAAACUCUCAGGGAGGAGAUAUGGAAGAAGGGCCUUAUGACAACAGAGUCCCCCCACGUGAGAUGCGACAUAGAGAAGGAGACUUUGACAGGUGGGAAGAUCCUUCUUUUGAGGGGCCUGGCAGAGCUGAUGGUAGAGGGCCACCCCAUGAGGAGAUGUGGCAUCCAGAGGAGCACUACCAAGAGGAGUACUAUGAAGAAGGUGGCCAAGGGCCUCCCAUGGGUCCAGGAGAGCAUCAUGAAAGGCCUGAGGGGCACUGGGAAGAGCAGGAACCAGAGUACUGGGAAGAGGGAGAGCCAUACUGGCCAGAUAGGAGACCUCUUUUGCGACCAAGGCUCCCAUUCCCUCCAGUAGAGCACAGACGUCCUCCACAUUUGCAACCAAGGUUCAUGCCCCGGGGUCCAAGACAUCCGCCUCCUGUUGCACCAGGGGACUUAGAACAUGGGCCUCAUGGGCCCCGUGGACCUCCUUUUCACCACAUGAGAAGAGAUCCUAUGGGUCCCCCAAUGCGCUGUGGUCCUCCUCCAAGGGGUCCUCCUCCACCUCCUCAUCAUAUAAUUGAAAGAGACAUGAGGCGGCCCCCCUCACCUCAUGAGAUGUUUGAAAGGAAUGUAAGGGGACCUCCUGGGUUCCAUGAUGAAAUGGAGCAUGAGUCAGAAUGGCCUCAUCCCCAUUCAAGAGAACCUAGACGUCCCCCUGUUCCACAAAAUGACAUGAUGGGAAGGGAUGUGAGACGGCCACCCAUGGGACCCCACUCAAUGCCAGGAGAGAGGUGGCGCCGACCACCUCCCCAUGAAAACCCAAAUGAAAUGUAUGAACGUGGAUGGGGUGAUGACAUGGGCCCAGAGAACGAUGGAUACAGAGGGCCUCCACAUGAUUAUCAGCGAGAUUAUGAACAGGGUGAUGAUUACCACUAUUAUCAAGAUGAAUGGGAUUCAGAGCGGCCGAAUCGGGACUUUCCCUCGCGCCCACCACGUGGUCCACCUGACCAUAUGCGCGAUGACCAGUGGUCAGAAAAUAGAGACAGGGAAUACCCAUAUGAGGGAGAGGAAAGAGGCAGGCCUGAAAGAAGGGGACCCGGUUACUCAGAUGGUCCUCCUUAUGGAGGCAGGGAACCUCCUUAUCAGCCACGCCCUGAUUGGCAGAGGUCCUCUCCUCCACUUCACCCUCUACCCGAAAGACCUUUCCCUCAUCGCUUGGAUGAGCCUGCUCCUCUGUAUGACAGGAACCUUGAGUCUUCUGUGGAACUGCCACCACCAGCACUACCUACGUCAGCUCCACCUAGCAGUAUUCCAGAUUCUCCGUUAGAGCAGUCUUCUCCUGGGGCAGCCAAAGCAGUUCUAGCUCUUUCACAAAGACAGCAUGAGAUCAUUCUUAAAGCUGCUCAGGAACUGAAAAUGAUCAGAGAACUUCAAGAGAGUAAGAAUGUUUUGGGAGAUGUACCCAAACCAGAGCCAACUGGAAUAAAGCCAGAUCUUCCACCUGCUCUUCUCGGAUUGGAAAUACCACCUGAAGUGAAAACAGCUCUUCAGAGUACAAAUUUAUUGUCUGAAACUGGACCAGCUGCUUCAAGUCAGGCACUACAUUCAGAGGGAGGUCUGGUCCCUUCAGCACAAACAGUUUUCCCAAUAUCUCAGCCUGCAGCACUAGCACCUGCAACACCAAAACCUCCACUCAUUGCCAAAACUGUGGAUUACGGACAUGGUCAUGAUGCAGGUGCUACUGUAGAAAGAAUCUCCUAUGGUGAGAGAAUAGUGCUGAGGCCCGACCCACUGCCAUCUGAACGACCAUACGAAAAAGAACCACUUGGCCCUAGAGACCCGUACAGUCGAGAUCCAUACUAUGACAGACGUAUGGACCCAUAUGGCAGAGAAUGGGAAAGGGAUGCGUACCGAGAUAAGCCACCCCUGGAUUAUGACCGAGAGAGAUACGAGAGGGACCGAUACCCAAGAGAUGAAAGGCUUCCUCCUCGGCCAGGUUACAGGGAUCGAGAGAGAGAACUUCGUGAUCGCCAGGGUCGAUCAAGCAGGGACCGAGAACUCUAUGGCAGACCAGGUUAUGACAGGCCUCCGUAUGACAGAGUUCCUGAGCGCUAUGACCAUGGUCCUCCGGGCUAUGGAGGAGAUAGGAGGAGCUAUCCCGAUGACAGACCCCCCGUCCCACCAGCAGCUUUGCCUCCAAUGCCCCCUGCUCCCCCUGUUCGUGUUGAGAAGAAACCAGAGACAAAGAAUGUAGAAGACCUUCUCAAACCCCCUGGACGAGCAAGUCGUCCAGAUAGGAUUGUCAUCAUAAUGCGAGGUUUACCAGGAAGCGGCAAAAGUCAUGUGGCAAAACUUAUACGGGACAAGGAGGUGGAGUUUGGAGGAGCGCCACCUAGAGUUCUGGGACUAGAUGACUAUUUCAUGACUGAAGUAGAAAAAGUUGAAAAGGAUCCUGAUACAGGGAAACGUGUCAAGACUAAGGUUCUUGAAUACGAAUAUGAACCAGAGAUGGAGGAAACCUAUCGCAAUAGCAUGCUGAAAACAUUUAAAAAGACACUGGAUGAUGGAUUCUUCCCCUUCAUCAUUAUUGAUGCAAUCAAUGACAAAGUCAAAUAUUUUGAUCAGUUCUGGAGUGCUGCUAAGACCAAAGGCUUUGAGGUAUACUUGGCUGAAAUCACGGCAGAUCACCAGAUUUGCGCAAAGAGAAAUGUCCAUGAACGGACGCUGAAGGACAUCACAAAGCUGGCAAGUACCUGGGAACCCUCACCACGCCACAUGGUACGACUGGAUAUCAGGUCCUUGCUGCAGGAUGCUGCUAUUGAGGAGGUCGAGAUGGAAGAUUUCAACCCAGCUGAGGAGGAGGUUAAGGUUGAAACGAAGAAAGAGGAGGAAGAAGAGGGAGAUCUGGGCUACAUUCCAAAAAGCAAAUGGGAGAUGGAUACUUCCGAAGCCAAACUCGACAAGCUGGAUGGGUUGAGAGGCAGUGGCAAAAGGAAGCGGGAGAUCGAUAACGUGUCGGGAAUGGAGGACUUUCUCCAGCUACCGGAUGACUACGCCACUCGCAUGUCAGAACCAGGAAAGAAAAGGGUGCGCUGGGCUGAUUUGGAAGAGCAAAAGGAUGCGGAUAGAAAGCGUGCCAUUGGUUUUGUAGUUGGCCAGACUGACUGGGAGAAAAUAACAGACGAAACCGGUCAGCUGGCCCAAAGAGCUCUCAACCGCACAAAGUAUUUCUAAGGCUCUUUGUUUUGGCCUUGUCUGUUCGCUCAUGAAGGACCAGGCCGUAAUACACAGCUGGAUGAUUGUCCCCAGUAAUGGAGUAAGAAGAAACAUUGUACCAAUUCCUCAGAAACUGAUGAAAGCAUUGUUGUUAAUUUCAUCACUAGGAUCUGGGAUACCUACCCUUGGUUCAAAUACAUUAUUUUGCCUCUGCUUCUGACUUAGUGUGUUUUCUCAUGUGGAUU